AAUGGCUACAUUACAGAAACCAAAAAUUAACAAGUACGAAUAUGUGGAGUCAAGGAUUAACUCUUUGGAAAAAGUAUCUCAUGUAGCUGGUGGUGGGAAUAUUCAAAUUAAAAACGAAAAACUUAUCUGGCAAAAGGAAUCUAAAGUGAAAUCCCUGGAAAAUUUAAGUUAUAAACCACCUGAAAGUCAGUUGAAAAUUACAGAUGAUAAACCGAAAUGGCAAGCUUUAUCGAAAGUUAAAUCGUUGGAAAAUGUUAGUUACAAACCCUCUCAACCAAAUUUCUCUAUAAGGCAUUAUCAAACAAACUGGAAUACUGAUUCGAAAAUUCAUUCUCUCGAAAGAAAAAAUUAUAAGCCUGCAACUCCUAAGAUAAAAAUCGAAAAUCAAAGUCUUAAUUGGAAUACUAAUGCUAAAAUAAAUUCUUUAGAGAAUAUAUCUUACAAACCUCCUGAACCGUCUACUUCAAUCAAACAAGAAAAAUUGAACUGGAAAUCAGAAUCAAAACUUCAAUCGUUGGCAAAUAAGGAUUAUAGACCAACUACUCCCAAAGUGAAAAUUCAUAAUACUAAUCUCCAAUGGACUAAGGUAUCUAAAAUAAACUCGCUGGAAAAAAUAAACUAUAAGCCUAUGGAACCAACGAUAAAUAUAAGAAAUGAACCGUUAAAUUGGAAUGCCGAACCAAAAGUUGGUUCGUUAGUCAAUAAAGAUUACCAACCACCUACCUCUAAAGUCAAAGUAUUGUCGGAUAAAUUAAAUUGGAAGGUCAGCUCCAAAAUUAAUUCUUUAGAGAAUAUUUCAUAUUCUCCAAGAGAGCCAGAAGUUAAAGUUAAAAAUGAAAAGUUAAUGUGGAAAGUCGAGUCUAAAAUUAAUUCACUAGAAAACAAAGAAUAUACACCAAGACCAUCAAAUAAGAAAAUAGGUCAUGAAAAAUUACAAUGGAAUGUGGAUGCCAAGAUUGGUUCUUUAGAAAAUAAAGAUUAUCGAUCAAAAAGCCCUACAGUUCAAAUAAAAAAUGAAAAAUUAAAUUGGAAAAGUCAAGCAAAAAUAAUUAAUAAAGAUCAUUAA